AUGUGCGCUCAUAAUCCAGCUGGUAAACACUGUUUACCAGCUGGAAAACAGCAAGGCUUAUUCCAGAAAGACGACUUCAAGAAAGAUGAGGAAACGAGAUGUGGCAACUACAGGCCGGUUUCGUCGUUAAAGGCCCCUCCUGCAGAAAUGUUUGACGUUAAAGCCUGUCAGAGGAAACUUGCAGAGCAUUAUCUAAAAACAGCCAAGGUGCCCACAACUGCUUGGUCCUCAGUAUUACAGGCGGAUCUUGAACAGAUCUACACUCGACUGUCAUGGGUAAAACAAGAACAAACCUCAGCUGGGCCAUCACAAAAGGAGAAAGAAGAGCAAACCACGGCUGGGUCAUCACAAAAGGAGCUGAGCCAUUACACUGAAAUUUUCACUGACAAGACAAAGAACGGAGUUGAAGCAAAGAGAAUUCUCGUGCAAGGAGAGACUGGGAUUAGAAAAACGACUUUCGUUAAGAAGCUGCUUGUGGAUUGGUCGAAUCUUCAAGAGGCGAAGAUGGAUGAGGAACGGGAAGAUGCAUUGAGGAAGUUUGACCUCGUUCUUGCUGUUAAUCUCAAAGAAGUAUCCGACUGUCAGACGUUUGAAGAAGUGAUAAGUCGCUCUCGGCUGUUUCCAAGAGAUGAAGAAAAGUCAGUAGACGAUCUGCUGUGUUACAUUCGUGCAAAUCAAGACAAAGUAUUGCUUGUAUUUGAUGGCUAUGACGAGUACCGCACCGGUAGCAAAGCAAAGGAAAGAAGCAAGUCUCCAAUUUUCGAAAUAUUCCACGGGUAUAUUUUGAGACACUGUACUGUCUUGGUAACCACUCGAUCUUCAAGAGCAGAUGAGAUACGCGGACUUGCCGACUUACAAGCCGAGAUCACCGGAUUUGAUAAGUCUGAUAGAAGGGACUUCAUGAGAAAAAUGCUGGAUAGCCAAACAGAGGUGGAUGGUCUAUUGGAGUUCCUACGAGAGAGACAGUUGAGUGUAGAUCUCUUCAAGGUCCGCCUGUAA